AAAUAUACAGAAACUCUACCAAUAAACUAUACAAUACCAGUUAAGAUGGAAGAUAUUACACAUGAGGAGCAAAUCCUUAUCCUUGACACCUUCCGCAUUUUGGACAAGGAGAACGAGGGCGCUAUAACUUCUAAAGAGAUGGCGGUGGUGAUUCGCGCCCUGGGUCGCCAGCCCAACGACGCCGAGGUUCAGUCAAUGAUCAAUGAGGUGGACUCGGAGGGAAACGGAUCCAUCGAGGCUCCGGAGUUCUGCAAUGUGAUCCUGCGCAAGAUGCGCGACACAAGCCACGAGGAAGAGUUGCGCGAAGCUUUCCGGAUUUUCGACAAGGAGAACAACGGCUACAUUACCUCCACCGAGUUAAAAAAUGUGUUCACUGCGCUGGGCGUGAAGCCUAGCGACGAGGAGUUGGAUGAAAUGAUACGCGAGUACGAUCUGGACCAGGACAACCACAUCAAUUACGAGGAGUUUGUUAACAUGAUGACAAUGCGUUAGCCUGCAAUAGGCGUUUUGUCGGCUUUCAGUAAAUAUUCUCUGUUCAUUGUUGAAGGAGUUCACUAAAACAAAAACACUCAAUUGUUCCAAUACAAAAAACAAAACAAAAAUUACCUUUAAAAAAUGGGCAGUUUGACCGAUGCCCAGAUCGAAGAGAUCCGAGAAGCAUUCAGUCUGUAUGACACGGGAAAGUCAGGAUGGGUUUCCGUCCGACAGCUCGGCGGAGUAAUGCGGGCCCUUGGAGAGAGUCUCACCGAGGCAGAGAUUUAUGAACUGGCAAACGAA